AUGUUGGAGUUUGAGAUUCUUCUACAACAGUGGCCAUUAAGUAUUUUUGACGACGACAAAGACUGGGUAGAAGAUGAGCGGCCUCACAUCCUGAGCAGCAUGAAGAGGCGGAGGCGCUGGCCCCUGGCGGCCCUGGCCCCGGCCUUUGGGGGAGGAGCCUCUAGCGCUGCAGGAGGGGCCGCGCUGGAGCCACCUGAGGAGAGGGUGGUGUACAUGCGGUGGCAAGUCCAACUGUCGCCUGCACACAGCACCAAGGCGCUGAUCGACGCUUUCAAGCUAUUCCUGCCCCAUAGCACGGAGUUCAGGAGCUCCGACGCGGAGCUCUGGAGCUACCUCUGCCGCCUCAAGCACCAGUUCUCCCCCCACAUCCUGCGCAGCAAGGACGUCUAUGGCUACCUCCCUCCUGACCCUGGCCCUGGACCCCCGGCACCAGCCCCCCGAGGCCCACCUCAGACGAGCCCGCCAGCUGCCAGGCAGAGGGGCCACGGAGCCCGGACGGUGGCGGUCAGCCAGAGGAAGGUGCCGCCCCCGCCUCCGCCGUCCCGCGAGGAUAGCAGCCCCCGCAAGCCCGCGGCCUCCUGGCCCUACUCCGGGGUCCGCACCCUGGAGGAGAGUGGGAGGGCGGCCACCCCGACGUUGACCACCUUCCCCACCAUUCGCGUAGUAGGCGACAUGUGGGUCGAGAGCAGCCUGCCAGAAGCGCUACGCCAGGCGCGCCAAGUCCUGGGAGUGAACCUGGAACCCGUGGUGAGACUCCGCCGCUUCCCAGUGCCUGGACUUGAGAUGCGGGCCACCGCCGCACGACCUCUCAGCCCCAGGACGGGUUGUGCCUGGAGGGAUGAACCAGGGACAGCCGGGACCGCGUCCUCUAGUGCACUUUACAGGAGAAGAAGCACAAGAUGGUCCUGGCCUGCGCCCCAGGGAUGCGGCGCCGCCUUCUGGGACUCCGGGGCAGCUGUGCCCCUCUGCUGCCUCCCAGCACCAGGUCUGCGGAGGGAGGAGACCCCUGGACCGCAAGGGAGGUCCCCUUUCUUCCUAACCCCAGAUUGAGAUGUCUCCAGGACUGUAGGGGCAGAUCCAUGUUCUCUCUUGUUCCCUCAUUGGUCUGAAGUCGUCAGAAGAAGCCAUUCCACCCCCACCCCCUCCAAAGGAAUUUGGUUCCAUGCUUGUGUAAUAAAGCUAGAAUUCCCUUGCUGUUCACCCAC